ACUAGUCACGAAAACCCUGACUCUCAGCUGAUAGAUUUCUUCCUGAUAAUUGCCACUACUACUUUUUUCCAGACUAGAGGAGAUCUUCAGGAGCAAACCAGCAGCCAGAGUUGCUUCAGCCCAAAUUGACUGUGAUCUCUUUCCCCAUGCUUGAGGGCGCCGAGUUCUACUUUAACGUGGACCAUGGCUACCUGGAAGGCCUGGUGCGAGGGUGCAAAGCCAGCCUCCUGACCCAGCAGGACUACAUCAACCUGGUCCAGUGUGAGACCCUGGAAGAUGUGAAAAUUCAUCUCCAGACCACUGACUAUGGCAACUUCUUGGCUAAUGAAACAAAUCCUCUUACUGUUUCUAAAAUUGACACGGAGAUGAGGAAAAAGCUAUGCAGAGAAUUUGAAUAUUUCCGGAAUCAUUCCCUGGAACCCCUGAGCACAUUUUUUACGUACAUGACGUGCAGUUACAUGAUAGACAAUGUGAUCCUACUGAUGAAUGGUGCAUUGCAAAAAAAAUCUGUGAAAGAAAUUCUGGUCAAGUGCCACCCUUUGGGCCGUUUCACAGAAAUGGAAGCAGUCAACAUUGCGGAGACACCUUCUGAUCUCUUUAAUGCUGUUCUGGUGGAAACACCACUAGCUCCAUUCUUUCAAGACUGUAUGUCUGAAAAUACCCUUGAUGAACUGAAUAUUGAAUUACUGCGCAACAAACUGUACAAAUCUUACCUCGAGGCAUUCUAUAAAUUCUGUAAGAAUCAUGGUGAUGUCACAGCAGAAAUCAUGUGUCCCAUUCUUGAGUUUGAGGCUGACAGGCGUGCUUUUAUCAUCACUCUUAACUCCUUUGGCACUGAACUGAGCAAAGACGACCGGGAGACCCUCUACCCGACCUGUGGCAAGCUCUAUCCUGAAGGGUUGCGCCUUUUGGCUCAAGCAGAAGACUUUGAUCAGAUGAGGAGAGUAGCAGAGCAUUAUGGGGUAUACAAGCCUUUGUUUGAGGCUGUGGGUGAUGGCAGUGGAGGAAAGACAUUGGAAGAUGUGUUUUAUGAGCAUGAGGUACAAAUGAACGUGCUGGCAUUCAACAGGCAGUUCCACUAUGGCGUGUUUUACGCAUACACAAAGCUGAAGGAACAAGAGAUGAGAAAUAUUGUGUGGAUAGCAGAAUGCAUUUCACAAAGACAUCGAACUAAAAUUAACAGUUACAUUCCAAUUUUAUAAGCCAGUGUGGGGCUUCCAAUGCAGAACAUCUUAAUUAUUAAGAAGAGGUUCCAAGGAAAUUAAAAAUUGUGUUAUAUUCUCUGGGUUACACAAAAAUAAUUCACACUGCAGCUUCAUGAGUUGCAGAUCCACUAGGAACAUAGUAAACCAAGAGAAACAAAGUGAUUCUUUUUUUUUUUUCCAGCAGCCUUAAAUUUUUUUCCACAUUUAUGUCUCACUCUUUACCAGACCUUAGACAUUAAUUCUAAUUAACCCUAUGGUACUUUUCCUAUUUUUGUUUGGUUGUAUUAACAAUCAGAUCUAAUUAAAGUGUUUUACUCUUGCUUUCCCUUG